UCUCUUGCCAUCGCCGCUUCUCUCUCUGCGCUUGCCCUCAUCGUCAGACACUCUUUUACAAGUACUCUCGGCUUUCUGUGACGCUGCUCGGGCGCUGUAGCAGUCUGGGCGACAUAUAAGGACGGUCCUCGUCUCGAGCGACGCACCCUUGGUUGUCCCUGCCCCACUGUGUGCUCCUACCCAGACGUAGUCUGUGUUCGCCAUCUCCGUAAAGCACCUGCAGACUAGUACGCCAAGAUGCUUCGUUAUUUGUCGCGUUCCACCUCUAGAGUGGCGGAGAAACCUGGGCCGCCUAGUGCUGCACAAGGUAUAGACACGGCCGCGGUCCCUGCCUCCGCGGAGACCAACCAGACGACAUCAGCAAUCCCUGAACCGCCAAGCAUCCCCGCCGAGCAGCCGUCUCCCGAUGCUGCCGUGCCCUCUCAGUCACCCGUUCCUCCUUCGCCAAAGGCAGUUUCCGGAACGACCACUACUUCCGGGUCCCCAGGCGCGCCCUCCUCGCCACUACCUGCUGCUGAGGAUGGUUCCCCUCAUCAGGGACCCACUUCCCGCUCCCAGAAACGUUUUUCCUGGCGAUCGCUCGUCCAACCCAGAGGCGUAAAGGACCGCAAGUCCUCUCUCCCGCCCCCGCGUGAAGAGGCGGCCGAGAAGGUGACCGCCCGCCAAGAGUACAUCGAGCGCAAGAUGGUGCGCACCCGCUCCGAGCAGAGGGCGCACGCGUCCGCGCUCGUCGUGCGCGAGCUCAUCGUCGGGCCGUUCGCUACGCCGACCGCCGCUCCGCCAAAGAGCGAAAAGGUCUCGGCGUCCGGGCAGACGUCGCUGCACAAGAUGCGCAAGGUCAAGUCGCAGCUUCUCGAGCCGAAGACCGCGCAGAAGAUCCUCACGCAGCUGCGUGCACUUCCUACCUCCGACGAGCCCAUCGUCGUCGGGAAGACGGGCGCUGGGAAGCCGGUGACAUCCCUACCAAAGGGCCCUAUACACGCAGUAUGUCUGCCCUGCAUCGAUGCGGAGGCGCACGAGAAGCAUUUCUCCCGGUUGGACAAGCUGCAGGCCGCCGCGCCUGCUCCUCAAGUUACUACUUCAAACGCAUCCCCGAAGACUAAGGAACGCAGCCUCGACCUGUCCGCAGUGGCGAGCGCGGCUGAGGAGAUCUCAAGCGUAACUGCGACUUCGUUCGAGAAGCUGAAGGAGGUGCUCGCUGACCUCAACCUCGUGAGCCUCAUCACGGCGCCGGACUUGGGGCUUGGCCAUCCAGCCACUGGACCGGGGCUCUUCAGCGGGGCGCUUCCUAGCGCGGAAGCCAUCGUGAAUGGCAUCGAACAGAUGACCCCGCAACUCCUGGCUUUCGGAUACGCGACAGGCCAGUCCAUCCUGCCCUCUCAUGCAGGGAUAUACCCCCCGACGGACCGUAUGUCAGUCAUCACGUACUGGUGGGGUCUGGAGGUCGUCAUGCCCGAGCCGUCCAUGAAGUACCUCAGCAACGUGCCCUCCAUCGCGCACACCGCGAUCAACUUCCUUACCGCCCUCGCGGUCGCCAACGGCGGCGUGAGCGAGAUCCUGCCGUUCGUGCGCUACAUCUCGCAAUACCUCGACGCGGAGUGGCACAUGAUCCAGCAGGCGGACCAGGGCCAGGGCGUCGUGUGCGCCGCGACGUGGAUCAUGCCCGCCGCGCUCGUCCCGCGCGCCUGGGACUUCCCUCAACCUCCCGUCCUCUCCGACCCGCCUGCAGCCCCGGCCCAUGGAGAUGAGACAGCGGUGCCACCCGUGAGCGGAGCGACUCCCGCAGCGACGUACGGAAGCUCGGUCCCUGGCUCGUCGAGCCCGACGCUGCUUACGCCCCCGCUUCCGAACCCGAACCACGUUCCAGUGUUCGUGGCACCGCCGGGCGACCCGGCCGUGCAAGUGCAGGGUGUGCGGGGCAAUCCUGAUGAGGGCGUGCCCGGGGUCAAGGUGACCCCGCCGACCCCGCCUGCAUCGGAGACCCUCGGUAAAGCGGCAGGGGAGGCUUUCAAGGCGGCCCCCGCUGUGGCGGCCGCUUGAGAGCUCCACGCGUUCUGACUGGAUGGGCUCGCAAGAUGGGAUUCUGCCUCCGUAUACCCGGGACUUGGACACGGACUCGUUGCAUGCCUGGAUCCUUCUAUUGUUAUGUCUUCCGCAUCGUGUUGUCUUCGCAGUUCCUGUUCGCCCUCGUUACGACCUGACACGACCUUUCCGACAUAUAUGCCCCGCACACGCGAUACCCCCACACUCUGUAAUCGGUUUACCAUCAGCGCCGUAUGUAACGGUACCAGCAUCCAUGUUCUCCGGCGCAUUCUCGC